ACGCGCCCCCUCCCGGGCUCUCGGGCCGCCUCCUCAUCGGCUCUUCCCGUCCGGCCCCCUCGCCCGGCCGUCCCGGGCCCGGGCCCGGCCAGGGAGCCCCCAGGCCGCGGCUCGGGGGCCGCCCCCCCGCCCCGCGCCCAGCGCAGCCUGGCGGAGGCGGUGCCGUCGGAGGAGGAGGAGCAGGGCACUGCGGCUGGCCCCGGAUCGGGCGCCAGAGCGGCAGCGGCUUCGGCAGCGGCGGCGGCCCAAGCCGAUGCAGCGGGACGCACCACCCCGAGCCCCAGCCCCGGCGCCCCGGCUCCCCGCGCCCCCGAUCGGGGCCGCCGCCAGCAGUGGCGGCGGCGGAGGCGGGGGCAGCGGCGGUGGCGGAGGCGCCUCUGCAGCUCCGGCUCCUCCUGGCCUCUCGGGAACUACAAGUCCCAGGGGGCCUGGCGGCGGGCGGCGGGCGGAAGAGGUGGGGUCGGCGCCGCGAGGCCGGAAGUGGCCGUGGAGGCGGAAGUGGCGCGGCCGCGGAGGGGCCUGGAGCACGGCGGUGGGACCCGGAGCGGGAGCAGCGACGGCGGCGGCGGCUGGAGGUGGUGGCGGCGCAGUGGAGGCGGCCAUGGCAAAGCAGUACGACUCGGUGGAAUGCCCCUUUUGUGAUGAGGUGUCCAAAUAUGAGAAGCUCGCUAAAAUCGGCCAAGGCACCUUCGGGGAGGUGUUUAAGGCAAAGCAUCGCAAGACCGGCCAAAAAGUGGCUCUGAAGAAGGUACUGAUGGAGAAUGAGAAGGAGGGGUUCCCCAUUACAGCCUUGCGGGAAAUCAAGAUCCUCCAGCUUCUAAAACACGAGAAUGUGGUCAACUUGAUUGAGAUCUGUCGAACCAAAGCUUCCCCCUAUAACCGCUGCAAAGGCAGUAUAUACCUGGUUUUUGACUUCUGCGAGCAUGACCUUGCCGGGCUGCUGAGCAACGUCUUAGUCAAGUUCACACUGUCUGAGAUCAAGAGGGUCAUGCAGAUGUUGCUCAAUGGUCUCUACUACAUCCACAGGAACAAGAUCCUGCACAGGGAUAUGAAGGCGGCUAAUGUGCUCAUCACCCGCGAUGGAGUUCUGAAGCUGGCAGACUUUGGGCUGGCCCGGGCCUUCAGCCUGGCCAAGAAUAGCCAGCCCAACCGCUACACCAACCGUGUGGUGACGCUCUGGUACCGGCCCCCGGAGCUGUUGCUCGGGGAGCGGGACUACGGCCCCCCCAUUGACCUGUGGGGUGCUGGGUGCAUCAUGGCAGAGAUGUGGACCCGCAGCCCUAUCAUGCAGGGCAACACAGAGCAGCACCAGCUUGCCCUCAUCAGCCAGCUUUGUGGCUCCAUCACUCCUGAGGUGUGGCCAAAUGUGGACAAGUACGAGCUGUUUGAGAAACUGGACCUGGUCAAGGGCCAGAAGCGGAAGGUGAAGGACAGGCUGAAGGCCUAUGUGCGUGACCCCUAUGCACUGGACCUCAUCGACAAGUUGCUGGUGCUGGAUCCCGCCCAGCGCAUCGACAGUGAUGACGCCCUGAACCACGACUUCUUCUGGUCCGACCCCAUGCCCUCGGACCUCAAGGGCAUGCUCUCCACCCACCUGACGUCCAUGUUUGAGUACCUAGCACCACCGCGCCGGAAGGGCAGCCAGAUCACCCAGCAGUCCACCAACCAGAGCCGCAAUCCCGCCGCCACCAACCAGACGGAGUUUGAACGCGUCUUCUGAGGGCCGGCCGCUGCUGCUUCUCAUUAGGGCCGUUGUUUUAUUUUUCCUUCUGCUCUGUGACUUGUGUUGUGGAGAUUUGGGGGCAUUUGAGUUUUUUCUCUAGUGCAUAUUUUAUUUAAUCCCCACCCUGGGCAUCAGGAACCAACCGAGCAGACUGGAACAAAGCUUUGGCUGAGAGUCCGGGAAGGCACUUGGGCUGCCUCACUUCGUUCCCUGGCUUUUGGGGUGAUGCCCAGAGGGUCUCCAUUUACCUUAGGACAGGAAUGAGAUGGGAGGAAAGGCGCACCCCACCGGUGACUUUCUAAGAGAUCCCAGCAUGCUGGGAGGAGGGGACAGGUCCCUCACCCAUCCCCAGCCCUUCUCACGGGAUGAGAAGCUGGCGUGGGGGACAGAACCAGCCUUGGGAAUGGGCUGCUCUUGGCCUAACCCUCAGAAACUCUGGGGCUGGCAGAAACUCUUGGUUUCUUCAAUAGGACAAUUUUAUCGUGUUUGUUCAGUUGUUCAGAGACAUUCCUGGAUGCAGUUUGGUCAGUAACAAUUAAAGUUGACUCUUUUUCAGUAAA